AUGUCGCGCGCUUUCAUCUCCGAUCUGGUUGGCGGCAGCUGGCUGCCAUCCGCGAAGUCGCAAGCGUUGUUCCUACCCUUCCCUGCCCUCGGUCAAUCCAUGCCGCCCAAGAGGCCCUACCAAACCCCUCCAUCGGCGCUACCUCGUUCUCAGCACCAAGCCCAGUCUCAACUUCCACCUCGACCGCAUCGCCAGCUCAAUAAUUCUGUACAGCAGGCUGCACAAGCCGCCAGGCGAAGGCGAGGCCCCAGCGGGCCUGGCGCCGACGGCAACCGCAGCAGCGGCAGCGGAGAGUUCCAAAGCGACGGUGGCGUCUGCGGUCGUCCUGGUAGCGGUGACGCUGCAGCUGUACGGCCCGGGUACGAACGACUCGUUACACCCCGCCGUCAGGACCGCACCGACUCGCGACGACGCAGCAACAGCCGCGGCAGGGGCGACGGCGGGGCGAAUGCGGUGCGUAGUCGCAGCGACGAUGGGGCUGACGGCGAUCUUGUCGACAAUAUGUACAACACGUACGACACCCACGUCGACGGCAAUGGCGAUAGCAGUGUUGACGGCAGCGGCGGCGGUGGAGGUGAUGGUGGUGAUGGUCCUUUGCAGGGCAGCCUAGCGGAGGAGCUUCAAGAGCUGGAGCGGAUGUACGGAGCCGCCGAUCGCACCAGGUCGAGCUACCGCAGCCGCCAGAGGUGGCUAGAUAGGCGGGCGGCAGAGCGGGAGGUGGUGUACGGCCCGCGCCAUCGCGACGCUGACGUACGGCUGCUGGCGCUGCGGCGGCACCUGGCGGCGGCGGGGAAGUUGCGGCGGCGGGGCCGUUUCGCGCCCAACGACUCCCUGCCCCGGGCUUCCACCUGGCACAAGCUCCCGCCGGCAACACAGCGGAGCAUACUGGAUGAGAGGGCCUCUGAAUUGCAGCGGGAGGUGGGCUUGCAGCCUCAGGUCGCCAGGAGAAUGUACGUGGCGGCACCGGGGCUGUUGUGCGACAUAUCGUACGGCGUGGCGGCGCGGUUGCGGGCCCUGGCGGCUCGUCUGGGCUGCUCCGUGGAGGGGGCGGCGGCGGCGAUCGCCUCCCGGCCCCUGCUGGCGCAGCUGCGAGUGGACCAACUAGAGGCAACCGCCGCGGAGAUAUCCACCUGGGUGGGCUGGAGCCCUGGUGGUGGUGGUGGUGGUGACGGCGGCGGCGGCGGUGUACUGCCGCUCAGCUUGGCGAUGCAGCGGCUCGCACAGGAGCCCUCCCUGGCAGCGGAGGGAUCCAUGGCGCUCAUUUCCAGUGGGGCCCAGCUGGCCUCUAGUGUAACGCUGCUACAGCGUCUGCUGGGUUUGUCGCCGCCCGCGGCCGCCGCGAUGGUGAUCGUGCAGCCGGCCCUGGCGCUACUGCCACCGGCAGAGCUAGCGGCGGCGGUGGACUUUUUAGCCGCCAACGUGCCGCCACCCACAGGCGCACACAGCCCUGGGCUCGUGCCGCCGCCGAUGACCUUUUCUGCUGCUGUUAGUUCUCCUGCUACGGCUGUUACAGCUAGAAGAGUAGGUGCUACUGCCGCCGCCGCUGCCGAUCAGCAUCGGCCGCCGGAUGGGCUGAGCCAGGGCCAGGGCCGGCCGGGGGGUAAGCAACGGCGGCUGUUGUCGAUACCGCCGCCUCAACCUCCGCCUUCGCAGCAGCAGCAGCAGCAGCUUCCACCGCUGCAUGUGCAGCUGCUGGUCCAGCGGUAUCCCGACAUACUGCUGUUGGAACCAAGUCGGGCAGCAUCAGCCCUGGGGGUGCUAGCACGCAUUUUGCGGGACGCGGCAGCCGAGACAGCAGCGGCGGCGGUGGCGGCGACGGUGCCAGGUAGCGAUCGGGCGGCGGAGCUGGUGCGAGUUGAGCCGCGGCUGCUGCUGUGCCAACUGAUCCCACCAAUUCGCCAAAGCGAUGAUGGCGGUCGCGAGGACGGCAGCGGUGUGAUGGUUCGUGAUCGAAGGAUCACCAUUCUAUCCCUGGUCAAGGCGAUAGAGGAGGCGCACCGGAAGCGACGUGUCGACGCGGCGUCCCUGGCAUUGGACAGCGCCGACUGGCCGCGGCCCCUCGUCCGUCUCCCGUACGAGUACGACGCCGGGACGGUCGCGCCGGCCGACGGGGGCCUUGCGAGCGUGUCGGUCUUGGACGACGAGUUGGGAGCUCCAAGACCCGAAGUUGUUGGCGGCAACGCUGCUGCUACUGCCGGCGGUGAGGCGGCGCUGCUGGCGGCGGCCGCUGUAGCUGGGGUCGGCACAAUUCCCGUUGAUCUCGGCUUGCGCGAGGCUGAGCUGCUGCGCAUCAUACUCCCCGGGCUCCUCAUGCCCUUGGGACAAGAACCUCCGGCUCUGCAAGCCAGCGGCGCCGCGCCAUACGACAGGCCGUAUGGCACGUCGCUAGCUGUCGAAGGUUCUGGAUGGAACCUCGACGUCGCUCGCAGUUGGCUGUGGCGCGAAGUGAUUGCGGCCGAGCCAGGGUUGCUGCUACUGCCGCCGGCGCAACUGGCCGCAACGACGACAACGCUUUGCGCGUGGCUGGCGGUGCCGCUGGACGCACUGUCGUACUAUUUGUUUCCAUGCGGCCCUUCCAUACUGGGGCCCACGGCAUCCGUACGGCAGCUGGAGCCGCGGGGCCGCGGCGCGUCCCCUGCCUCAACCUCAGAAGCGGUGGCAGUGAUAGCGACUGGGACGGAGGCAGCAAAGUUUGCAUCCCCUCAUGGGCCUUUGCGAUCGCGGCGUAGCCAUGCCGCGUUGCUGACACGGCGGCAGGACACCCUCCAGCGGGCCGGCUACCUGGUGUGGGACUGGCUGGGUGGAGCUGCCGCCGCGACCGCCGCCGACGUCGCCGAGGUCCUGCGCGCCUUGCCGAGCCUUAUGUACGACAGUGUGGCGAUGCACACGUGCGCGCGCGUUCUACACGCACUAGUCGACGAAUGCGAUGGGAUUACGGAUGCUGGCGGCAGCGGGGAUGGGGAUGCGGACACUAGCAUGCCUGGCGACAUGGUGGUCCAGGCGCCGGCUGCUGCUGCCUUUGAAAUCACUGGGUUCGGGCUGCCGGCCUGGGUGCUCGUCUCACCUCCUUCGGAUGAGGCAGACCCGUGGGUCGGUGCUGACCUAGGCUCGGGAGCUGCCGAAGGCAGGCAGGCUCAAGACCCCACCAUCCCGCCGCCGCCCAUGCCGGCAGCUGCGGCUGCCUUGCUGUUACAGUUCCCCUCGGAGCUCCUUAGCGGCGGUGUGCUACAGCUGUUACUUGAUGCAACGCCCACGGCUGAUACUGCGGACACGGCUCCGGCUGCUGAUGUAGCUGUCGAAGCCCUGGCAGCGCCGGAGCUCAACGAUGGGCCUUGUUGCGGAGCAGCACAAGAAGUUGGCGGCGGGGAUUCCGCUCAUUUCGCCGUAGGUCGCGAGAGCAGCGGUGGCACUCUUGUUCAUGGAAAGGGCCGGAGGGGCUCGCGAUUGUAUCAAGCGGUGAGGGGGAUCAGCGAGCUGCUAGGCGUGGGACGGCUGGCGGCUGCGGCGCUGGUGCUCGCGACCCAGGGGUCAGCAGCGCUGCUGGUGGAGGGACUGUCGUCCACAGCGAUUGCAAGCGUGAAAAGGGUGAUAUCAGCUGUCCGCCGCGGGGACGCUUGGCGGCGGGAGCUGCGGCGCUACCUGUACGGCAACACCUCGUCGUACGGCAGCGGCGCCUUAGGCAUCAGUGAGCAAGCGCAACAGGGCGGCAAUGAAAGCUUGAAGGCCGUCAGCGCGUCCGCUUGGGAGUUGCUAUGCUUGCUAAGGGAGUGGCGGCGGGCGUCGCGACUUGAGGCUCUGGUGGCGGCAGGUUGGGGAGUGGCAGCUGUUGGCUUGGAAGGCGCUGUCAGCUUUGCAACGGUGCUACAGCUGCCAGACGACGAGUGGGGCAGUUUGGCUCAGCAUCUCCAGCUGGCCGCAAAGGCGCAUCCCGACGAGUAA